GUCUAACGACCCUGUGACUCUGCAUAGCAUUAUGGUCUUGCCAGCUAAGUUUGGUACGCCUUGGCCAUGACACCCUCGAAGCUGCUUGAGGCUGCUUACUGUGGCCAUAGGCGGGCGGGAUUAAUCCCUGUCGAGGAUGCUGAGGGACUAGUGUGACAUAGUAAGAAGGAGAAGAGGCAAGGAAAUGCCUCAGGUGAUGGUGGCUGCACUCAGCCCGAGUCAGCUGCCGAGAACCUGAAGCGCAAUACCUCAGCCUGUGGCCCUGUACAUCAAGAUUUCAUGCACAAGCAUAAUGUGUAUGUCCUAGAUCCCCAAGGGCGUACGCACCAAUGAAAAUGCCAAGACUAUGGCAACCUGUUCAAGUGCUUGCACUGGCGUCGUCACCUGUGACCAGUUGUUGGAGAUCCUAUCACUGUGCUCUCGGAUUAUCCGGCAAUUUGGACUCCUGUGGGUGAUCAGUCUGUCAAUGCAGAUGUGCCAGAAGCCUCCGAAAGCACUUCCGAAAGCACUUCUGCACAACCUGCUACGGCCACGGUUCAUGAAACCAACCUGCCGAGCAUGAAGAUGAGCCCGACCAUGUAAGCACCCACUUGGGUAGUUCAUCUAUGACUGGCACAGUGAUCAGUUGCAUCAGCUCACCAGAGGCCUUAGACAGCUCAGACAGCUCAAGGGUAUCAGACAAACCUUUGGAUGAUGUCGAGAGUGAAGAACGGCUGCCCUGGGAGCACUUACUCGAUGAGCCCCUUAAGGAGGUUAUUUCCCUUAAGAACAAAGAUGAUGUAGAUUUAUACAUGUAUUGACCUCCUCUACAUCCCU